AUGGCCAGGAUCUUAGUAAAAAUGGAAACAUGUUAUCGGAUUGGCGCCGGACCUGGCCGGGAUGGAGGUCUCGUCGGGACUUUAUUCCUUUUUCUGCUUAUCCAAGCUGCGGCUGCUCGAACAGGCAUCGAGAGAGAUAGAAUGCUGGGAAGCCUGGUUGUUGUUGAGAUCCAGCCGUGGCGUGGCGUGACGGAUCGCCACAGCCGCCGUGCAUCUGUCUGGUACUUGCUGUACAGACCGACCCUCACUCCCAAAUCCAACAGCGGUAAGCGUCACACGAUAUUUUUCGACGCGAAGGGGUUACUAAAGCUACCGGUUGGAAGAUCUUACGCGAAAACCGCGCCUAAAAUGCUCGCACUUACUACAACCAACCCGCAGGCGAAUUCCGAAGCUGGAAAAAGCUUUUUUUCUAAAAAAAUUGUUAGGAGCACGGGCGAAACCGCCCGGCAGAAAGCGGGGAGCGUCAAAUGCACGGGCAAAACCGCCCGGCAAAAAAGGAAAAAGGGGGCGCUGGCAGCCAGCCGGGCACGGACCCCCCGGGAACAUGCCGGCAAGUUACCAAUGUUGCGGCCAAAGCAUAACGGCAAAAUUAAAAAAUAA